AUGGACGUUUACGUUGUUAUCUCUGUUGUCGACGCCGCCGUCAACCGCCGUUCAACUGCCCUAAAAAAUCGAACACCAGUCGAUAAGAACGGGGACAAGAAUCCUACAUGGAACUACCCCAUUUGUUUCACACUAAACGAUUCCGCAGCGCAUCAAAACCGCCUCUCUAUCCGUUUUCAGAUCUUUUCCAAGCGUUUUUUUCCGGGAGAUAAGCUUAUUGGAGAAGUACAGGUGCCGGUUACCGAGCUUUUAUCCAUUCAUAGUGACCGGAAAGAGGCAAGUUCUUUUAGUUAUCAGGUGAGGAAGGCGUCUGGGAAAAUGAAAGGUGUUUUGAAUUUCUCUUUUAAGUUUGGGGAAAAGUUUACUGCCGGUGGCGGUGGUGUAGGAAGUGGUUUUACGGUAGGAGGGGGUGGGCCAAUACCGUCAACUAAGAGUUAUCCUUAUCCUCCGCCACCUAUGUGGGGGCAAACUGUGUCAGGUUACCCUGCGCCACCGCAGACGGCAUAUCCAUAUCAAGGACAUGGACAUGGAUACGGGUACGGACAUGGGUAUCCUCACCAAGUUCAGUCGAUGGGGAUAAGGAGGAAUAAUAAUUUUGGGAUGGGAAUGGGCGCUGGGUUGUUGGGUGGUGCAUUGGGUGGAAUUCUGAUUGGAGAUAUGGUAUCUGAUUUUGGCGGUGGUUAUGAUGGAUAUGACGGUGGCUUUGACGGGGAUUUCGAUUUUUAG